AUGGCUGACGCCCGUCGAGCCCGUGGUGAGCGUCGGGCCACCCUCGCCGCUCGCAUUGCCCAGACGGCGCCCGCCGGGGGGCCUCCCCGUCGUUCUCCAUCGUCUGCCGCCAACGCCGCCAUCGGCCCGGCAGGGCACGAGCAGCAAGCUUCGUCGCUGCACCCCUCCAUGUGGCGUGAUGGACGCACGGCCACCCCGUCGCUGACUCCGGCCGGUUCGUCAUCUCAUGCUCGUCGUGGGCCGGCAGACGCGCAGGCUGUGCUGCUCAUGGCGCGCGAGCUCCUGCGCUACAGCCCUGUCGAUGAUUUCUACGAAGACUGGCCGGACCGCAUCGCCGAGCUUGUCAGCGCUGCUGGGGGUUCUCCUGCACUGCCUCUCUCGCUGCCUCGCCCGCCGCCUGUCAUGGGCGAUGUAGCCCAUGGAGCACCUCCGCCACCUCCCAUUCAAGACGUCACCCUCGGACCAAGGCGCGCGACCCCGCGGCGUGAUCCGCCGCGCAGGGCGCCCGCGCGUGUAGAAGAAAUCUGCCAGGAGGUCCGGCGGCCGCAAGAAGAUGCUCCUGUGCUCCCAGCACCACCAUGUCAAGACCGUGCACCGCCUGCGGUGGUGGCACGUGAGCGCCAAGAUCAGGCUCCGCCUCCACGACGGGCUCCCGUGACUACCGCGGGCUGUCGUGCCUUCACUCCCGAGCUACGCAGUGUCGUCUGGCCGAGAAAGUUCAAGCCCAACCCGCCUCCACGCUACGACGGCAUCCCCGACCCUGCUGAGAGCUUAGGGCCAUCCGUGACGGGCGCCUCGGUCAUUGCCCCGAGCGCAGCGAUCGAGGCUACGACCGCGGUGGAGGCCGAAAUGGAGGACGCUAGGAUGACCGCGGCCCUCCAGGAGUGGCGCAACAAGCCUCGUGAGGAACGCUAG